AUGUGUCGAUGGUUUGCUUAUAUUGGUGAAGAACCUACUCUACUCGAAGAUGUCCUUAUUAAACCAAAACAUUCUAUCGUCAAACAAAUUGAUGUACAUUUUCUUCCAGAUCUUCACGUUACUUAUGAUCCUCAUCAUCAUCGAAGGAUGCUCAGUUCGGGUGUAGCAUCUGAUGAUCAUCCUCCAAAUCAUUUUACAAAUAUUGAUGGAUUUGGUAUAGGUUAUUAUACAGGUGUCGCUGCUGAAUUUAAUGAUGAUAAUGUGAAUAGACCUUGUGUUUAUCGAAAUAUUCGUCCACCACUUAAUGAUCUUAAUUUAGCAUCAUUAUGUGCUCAUACAUCAACAAAAUGUGUAUUUGCACAUCUUCGUGCCGGUACACCAAUCGUUGAAACAAACAAUCAUCCAUUUGUUUUUGGUCGAUAUAUGUUUAUGCAUAAUGGAGUCGUAGCAAAUUUCUUAAAAAUUAAAGUCAAAUUAUUACAGAAAUUAUCAGCCAAAGCUUAUGGAAAUAUAUUUGGAACAACAGAUACAGAACAUGUAGCUGCACUUUUUUUUACACAUUUAGGUGACGAUUGGGAUACAGAAUUAACAAUCGAUCAACUCAAACAAGCGAUGAUAAAGACUCUUCAAAAUAUACUUGCUUUAAUUGAAGAAUGUACGAAAGAUAAUAAUGAAGAACCUCUCAAUAGUUCUCUUAAUUUUUGUGUAACUGAUAGUUGUCAUUUAUUGGCUAUUCGAUUUUCAUCAUUGGAUAAAUGUGAACCACCAUCGUUGUAUUAUUCAACGAAAGCUGGUCCUACUCUUAACCGAAAAUUUCCAGAUCAUCCUGAUGGAAAAGAAGUUCGAAAGAAUUCAAUACAACCUACUGAAAGUCAUGGAAAACAUGUUAUUGUAGCAAGUGAACCUAAUACAUAUAAAUCGCAAGAUUGGCAUGUAGUUCCACCGAAUUCAUUCGUUCUUGUUAAUAAAGAUUUAAAUGUUGUUAUAGAAAAAAUUAAAUUAUAA